UCCUGCAGUCUACCUAAACAAAAUAUCUGCUAAGGAGAGGCUGAGGAGAAACCCAGCAAACCAGACCUACACACAAGACUGUAUGUGGAUUUCACUCCAGAAUGCAGUAACAAGCAUUGAUUUAAUUUGCAGCCUAAGACUGCAUUGCAACCUGUGUUACAGUCUAGGUGCUGCGAGCUCCGGAUUGCCUCACAUUGCAUCCAGCUUGUCAGCAGCAGAUUGCAUUUUUGGGGGAUUUAUGGAGCAAAGUUUGCACAGUUCCAGACUUAAAGAAACUCUUACACCUUCAGUGUAGAAUACAGGCACAAGCAAUCCGAACUAACCAGUGAAACGGAAGGGGGUCCGUCUCAGCUAUAUAAAUAUAGAAAUAUUUAACUGGUUUCAUCCUACCACACUUUGUGAACUGCAGCAAGGAAGAUGCAAUGUCGCAACUUCAACUUCUUUGGAAUAUUUUAUUUUUUUUAGGUUUCUCUGAAUUUUCGGCCGUCUGCGCUCUGUUCUUCUAAAUGGGUCACUGGGAGGUCAGAAGACUACUGCCAAAGGCCGUAAUGCAGACGCAGACUGCUUAGUUGCAUUUAUAUUGCACUUUUCUUUUACACUUUCUUUCAUUGUCUGCGUGUGUGUUUUCUGUUUUCACAGCUUGUUUGCGGAUGGCUGUUGUGUUGAAGGUGCUAAAAGUGGCAGCUAUCUGGAGUUGGGACAGAUGUUGAUGGGAAUUUCAAGGCUGGCUCUCUGCCAUAAAGAAAGCAAAGGAGCCCCCCUAGUUCCAUGCGAUCAUCGCCUUGGAUUGCCAAAUUGCACUUGGGCUUCAAGAUGUUACCUGUAACAUGGCCCAUUAAUUUGGGGGGCCUUCUCCAAAACCCGCUGUCAGACUUUCCGGGCAUUUGUAAAUUGCACUAAGUCCUGUAGCCCUGCCCGGGGGAGAGAGAGACCAAGAAGAAGGUUCAGAAGCUUAACUAAUCGCAGUAUUUCAUCUUUAUUUAUGACUAUUUCUGUGGCUAAAGAAACCACUAGAGGGUUACUAUGCAAUUGCGACUAAUUGCUUUGGUUUUCAUCAUUCUGAACUUUAUGGAAUACAUUGAAAGCCAACAAGGUUCCAGAGGCAGACGACACAGAAGAACGCAUCCCAGUACACAGCAGGGUUGUCAAGGAGGGUGUGCAUCUUGCUCGGAUUAUAACGGAUGUGUAUCCUGUAAACCCCGACUCUUUUUCUUUCUGAAGAGAAGUGGGAUGAAGCAGAUCGGUGUCUGUCUUUCUUCAUGCCCAAAUGGCUAUUUUGGUGAAAGGACACCAGAAAUAAACAAAUGCGCAAAAUGCAAACCUGACUGUGAUGCCUGCUUCAACAAAAAUUUCUGCACAAAAUGUAAAUCUGGGUUGUAUCUACAGAAAGGAAAGUGCCUUGAAAGUUGCCCUGAAAGUUUUGAACCCAGUAAUCAUACAAUGGAAUGCAAACCCAUUGCACACUGUGAAGUUAGUGACUGGACUUCAUGGAGUCCUUGCACAAAAAAGGGAAAGACUUGUGGUUUUAAAAAAGGCAAUGAGUCGAGAAGUCGAGAUGUACUACAGUUUCCUUCAGCACUGGGAAGCCCAUGCCCAUCACUCAGUGAGACAAGGAACUGCAUUGUGCAACGAGUAAAGUGCCCAAAGGAAGAAAGAGGAAAGAAAGCCAGAGAGAAGAAUAGGAGAAAGGCUGUCGCGGAAAACGCAGACGAUACACAAGAGAAUAGAAACAAAGAAUCACGAAGAGAAAGUCGAAACAGGGAAGAGCAUGGAAAGAGAGAUGUAAAUGAACAAAGGAAAAGGAAAAAACAGAGUAAAAACCAGAGCCCUGCGUCAGUUAGCACUGAACACUAGCAUUCUGACAAGAGUGCCAAUAACUCGUAUUGCUGCUAUAUCUAUGAAAAUAUAAAUAAUGUGUUUAUCAGGGCCCCUGGAACUGGAACUCUGAAUAGUGGAACUCGUCUGGACACUUUCAAACAUUGAUAUGAUGCAUUAUUAAUAUUUCAGAACACUUCCUGCCUAUUACCAUUCGAAGAGACUUGUAAUCGUUUGUAAAGAAGGCAACUAAAAGAGCAGAGAACACAACUUGUCAAAAAGGAGAGCUUUAUAAAGAUGUUUGCUUUGUGUUUUUACUUGUUAAAUGGAUAAUGUAAAAGAUGAGUGAAAUUUUUUUGUAUAUAAUUAUUAGAAAGUAAACCAUUGCAAGUUUGUAUUAUGUCUGGCAUCAGUGGGUCAAUGUUCUAUGUUUCACUUUCUUUGUGAAGUGUUCUUUAAAGCUAUGGGUGAAGAAACAGGUUAUGGACACCAAAAGUAUUUAACAACAUUAAAAACAUUGAUCAUUCAUAAUCAAUGACAACAUAAAUGUGUUUUUUUCAUAAUCAGAUGUGGAAAUUAGUUUUUCAGUGAACAUACCACCAGCCUUUGGUGUUUUAAUCUUUUUCCACUUCUUGAGCAUCAGGGAUAUGUUGCUACCCUAAAUAUUUGUCUACGAGGCUUUUUCUUAUUGGUCGCCUGUUGUGGGGCAUCAGGCAAGGUAAAUCAUGUACACACACACACACACACACACACACACACACACACACACACACACACACACACACGCACACACAUUCAUAUGUAAGCUGCCUAGUACUUCUUCAGAAAUAAUACUUAUUUUGUAAGCAACCUUUGAGAUGAUGUUCGGGCCUUAUUUUCUCAUCUCCAUUCUCACUUUUUUCUAGAGAAAGCUCAUAGUAUCCAUUAAAUAAACUAAUAAAUAAAUAAGAACAACAAGUGUGCAUUUAAUAGGACUAUUGUUUUCAUGUCCUUUAGUGCUGUUAAACUUUUUUAAUUAAAGAGCAGCAUGCUGAGGUGAAGCAUUUAUUAUGGCAGACACAAGCAUUAAGCUAAUAAUCUGGUAAUAACAUGUGUUUCACAUAUGAAAGAAACAUUAAAUUGGGGUUCAGCAUAGGAUACUGUAUUUUCAAAGCAUUGCUCAUAAACUAUAGCCACAUAUUAGUAGCUAACUGUAGAGCAGGAGGUUAACAUUUUCUUUGUAUGAUGGCAACUCCACUUCAGCAAACAUUUGUUUUUUUCAGCAGAUGGGGACAUACUAAGACUGUUAUCAAAGUGCAAUGGGAAACAUCUUGGACAAAGCAUAUAAAAGGCUGUAAAUGUUAUGAAACAGGUGCCCAGAAGCUUGUAGUCUAACAGACUGUCUUCAGCCUGAAUAACAGAGAACAGCAACUAUUCAAAGUCCAUUUUGUUGUAACAUUUGACAACGUGUAGGAUUAUAUGAAUAAAAUUUUGUAGAACCCUGCCGAUGUGAAUCACCUGAUUGAUAGAAACUAAUCACAUGUCCAUGGAGUAAUAAUCUUCUCAUAAAUUUAUUGUGGUGGUCCUUUAGAAAUUGUACAACUUAUUUUCCAAGCAUUAUAAGUGCACCUGCAGUCAACCUCACCUAAAAUAGCACAGGAGGAAUAAUUAUAAUUAUUGCAGGUUAACAUAACUUCGGCAUCGGUUGAUCACUUUCAACUCAAAUCCAGCAGUUUGCUAUGUUAUUUUUAAGUUUGAGAAACGUGUUCUGUUGCAUCUGCAUUCAUAACCCUUUUAAAUAAUUGAAGAUCAAAGAAUAAUUGCUUAAAGAUUUGCAACAGGGCUGGGCAGUAUCAAAUGUAGUAGUGACCUGCAGUGACUGGACAUGUGGACCUCCAGAUAUGAAAGCAUGGUCUAUCAGAGUGACCCCCUUCACAGGUUCAUCCUCAACUGAAUUUACUUGGGGAUUGGGGAUUCAUGUCAAUUCAUUUAAGUCAGCUAAAAUGAGUAUGCUACUAUCAAGUAAUAUAAUAAUAAUAAUAAUAAUAAUAAUAAUAAUAAUAAAAAUAAUUGCGAAAUAUUCCUUUGUUUGAAAAAAAAAAAAGACAACAUAAAAUGUAAAUGCUUUGUGCACUGGGCAAUAUCCCUGCAUGCAUCAUGUGUGGGUGAGGGAUGGCCCUCUUAAAACCACCAUAGUGAAAUAUAUUAACUGCAAAGUUG